CAAGAUGCAUCUCCGUCUUUAACGCUGUGCUCGGGCAACUUAUUUUUCUUCACCCAUCUUCGGCUUUCGCUGGCUCCCAUUUGCGUGACCUUCCAGAAAGUCAAUAGCAUGACCUCGGCUUAUGCUGGCCGACCAACCGGAUCUGGCCCUCUUGGAGGUACGACCAGCACUCGCAAUUAUCCUCGUAGUAUUGGAGUCGGAGGUGGCAGUAGAAUGGCAGGAACUGCUGUCACAACAGCUGGCCUUGAAUCCCGAUCGGUCGGAAUUGGCCCGGUCAGAGGAUCUGGAAGAUCUUCAGGCGCAGCCUCUUUCAGCCUUGGCUCUGGCUCUGCUGGGGUCAUAAACUCUGGGCCUGAGGUCUUGGAUAGUUCUCUGCGUCUCUUACCUGCAAUUAUGAGUUUCUGUGAUGCAGAGAUAGUCAUCAGUAAGUUUAAAAAGGAAUUUUUACUGGAGGUCCCGAAAACGAAAUGA